GCAAGCAUGGCAGCGAAAAACAAGCACCGCAAGAAAUCCAAAGCCACGAAAGUGACUUUUCAGCCCGAAGAAAAUGAGCCGGAGGCUGAAAACAGCGGCGGAGAGGAGGAUGAAGAAGCAGCCGCUGAUGAAGGUGAAGGCAGAGCGAAGAAAGACGAAGAAGAGUUCAGUCUGGAGGAGGUUUUACGGCUCGGAGGAACACAGGCCGACUACAUCUUCCUCGCCGGUCUGGACGACUCCAACGAGAUCGUGGAUGGAGGGAAGAAAGGCGCCAUAGACGAUCUGGAGGAGGGCGAGCUGGAGAAGUUCAUCACCAAACUGGGCAUCAGGGCGUUGGCCGGACAGCAGGUCAUUGCAGACGAGCCGGAGGGCGAGGCCGCUGGAGAAUCUGGCGAGAAGGAAAGUAAGAAGGUCAAAGCCAAGAAAGCUUCAGCAGAGGAACGAGCAAACAACAACCAGACAGCGGAGAACAAACAGACGAACAAGAAGACUAAAGACGGUCAGGUAACCGCCGGGAAAAAGGCCAAACAGAACGCUAACGUGUUUGAGUUUCAGCAGCGGCAGGUGCUGCUCAUCAAACCUGGAGGGAAGUGGUUCGACCUGGACUACGCCGCCGAGGGCUCGGCGACGCCGCAGGAUCCCCAACUGGUGUCCCAGUACAAGACGCUGGCCCAGCGGCUGUUUGAGGCCGAGGUGGAGCUCUACAAGAGCAAGAAGACCCUGCAGAAAGGAGCCAACUCGUCCUGGAUGAAGACGGUCGUGUCCUCCGGCGUUCUGGCAGACAGGAUGGCGGCCAUGACGGUUCUAAUCCAGGACGCUCCGGUGCACACGCUGGAGCACGUGGAGAACCUGGUGUCCAUGGUGAAGAAGAAGGGCAGCCGGCGCAUGGGUCUGAUGGCGCUGGACACGCUGCGAGAGCUGCUGCUGUCCAACCUGCUGCCGGAGAACAGGAAGCUCCGCCCCUUCGCCCAGCACCCGUUCGAUCAGCUGGAGGAGAAGGCCAGCGGCAACCGCGACGCCCGUGACCGCCGCCUCGUCCUCUGGUACUUUGAGCACCAGCUGAAGCACCACAUGGCAGAGUUCGUGGUGGCUCUGGACGAGGUGGCUCACGACACGGUGCCGGCGACCAAGGCGAAGGCGCUGGCCACCGCCCACGAGCUGCUGUGCACCCGCCCGGAGCAGGAGAGAGCGCUGCUCAUCCAGGUGGUCAACAAGCUGGGAGACCCCGAGUACAAGACGGCGGCGAAGGCGUCGUACCUGCUGGAGACGCUGCUGCACAAACACCCCAACAUGAAGGUGGUGGUGUGCUGCGAGGUGGAGCGGCUCAUGUUCCGGCCCAACAUCAGCGCGAAGGCGCAGUACUAUGCCGUCUGCUUCCUCAGCCAGGUGAUGCUGAGCCACAGCGAGGCCGAGCUCGCCGCCAAGCUCAUCACCAUCUACUUCUCCUUCUUCCGCGCCUGCGUCAAGAAGAAGGACAUCGAGUCGAAGAUGCUGAGCGUGCUGCUGUCGGGCGUGAACAGGGCGUAUCCCUACGCCACCGCCGGGGACGAGAAGGUGAAGGAGCAGCUGGACACGCUGUUCAAAGUGGUUCACCUGGUGAAGUUCAACACGGCCGUGCAGGCGCUCAUGCUGCUGUUCCAGGUGAUGGACUCCCAGCAGACCAUCUCCGACCGAUACUACGUGGCUCUGUACAGGAAGUUGUUGGACCCCGGUCUGUCGUCGUCCUCCAGACAGAGCAUGUUCCUCAACCUGCUGUACAAGUCGCUGAAGGCCGACAUCGUGCUGCGGCGCGUCAAAGCCUUCGUGAAGCGUCUGCUGCAGGUCAGCGCCGAGCAGAACGCCAGCUUCGGCUGUGGAGCGCUCUUCCUGGUGUCGGAGGUCAUGAAGGCCAAACCGGGCCUGAAGCUGCUGCUGCUGCAGGAGGACGGGGGUGGAGAGGAGGAGGAGUUCAAAGACCUCGCUGAAGAGAAGGAGGAUGAUGAUGAUGAUGAAGAGGAGCACUUUGUGGAUGCUGACAAACUGGAGGAAGGAACAAGUGCAGAGGCAGAGGGAGAGGGGCCCAAACCCACGGCAUCAUGGGUACAUCACCAGAACCUGGAAGGAGGGAAGAGCCUGCAGAGCUACGACCCGCUGCACAGAAACCCGUUAUUCUGCGGCGCCGACCACUCCACGUUAUGGGAGCUGCAGAGGCUCACUCUGCACUUCCAUCCCUCAGUGUCGCUGUUUGCAAAAACAAUCCUGCAGGGAGGCUUCAUCCAGUACACCGGUGACCCUCUGCAGGACUUCACCCUGAUCCGCUUCCUGGAUCGAUUCGUCUUCAGAAACCCCAAACAGCUGAAGGGAAAACAAAACACAGAUGCUGCAGCGUUGAGGCCAAAACAGAGGUUACCUGUCGACUCUUUACCAGUGAACUGUGAGGAGUUUCUGUCUAAAGAGGAGAGUCAGAUCCCUGUCGAUGAAAUCUUCUUCUAUCGCUUCUUCAAGAAACGUCAGCAGGAGAAGAAGGUUCAGCGGCCGCGAGGAGACGGCGAUAAUGAGAGCGUGGAGGAUGUGGACGACGACGAGUUUGAGAAAAUACUCGAUUCCUGUGAGGGAGACUCGUACUUCACUGACCUGGCGGACAAUGAUCUGGACUUUGCAGGCAACGUGAAGCAUAAGAAAGGGAAGAAAGACGCCGAGGACUCAGACUCAGACGACUCGGACAUGGACGACCUGGACGACGAGGAGGUGUCUCUGGGCAGUAUGGACGAGGAAGACUUCGGGGAUGAGCUGGAGGAGGAAGGAGGGGCAUUCAUGGAUCCUGACGGAGGUGGAGAGGAAUUUGACGACGAUGAUGAUGAAGUUCCAGAGCUGGAGGAUGAUGAUGAUGAUGCUGCUGCAUUUGAUGAUUCAGACGACGAGAUGGAGACUCCUGACAUCACUCCUCCCACCAAGAAGGGGAAGAGGAAACCCUCAGAGGAGCUCGACUUCUCAGGAGCUUUGGGUUCUAAACCAGGGAAGAAGAAGAAGAAAGGAAAGAAAGAUGCAGCCAUGUUUGCUUCUGCUGAAGAGUUUGGCUCCCUGCUGGACGAGAACGCCGGCUCCAAGUUUGACAGCAUCGGGCUGAACGCCAUGGCCAACACCGACAGAGCAGGUCUGAAGCAGCUGAAGUGGGAGGCUCAGCGCGACGACUGGAUCCAGGGCCGCGACGUCAAGACGCUGCGCAGGAAGAAGAGCGCGUUCAGCAAGAGGAAGACGAUGUUCGGCCGAGCCAGGACAGGAAGCAGGACGCCCGGGAACAAGAAGAGGAAGAAGUAGAAGUUUUUGUUCAUGUGGACU